AUGUUCACCUUGACGUCAUUGCCGAAUGCGAGUCAGUGGGCUUCGUCUCGUCUCACCACAAGCGGUACCUCAUUGGCGGUUGCCAGAUCUGCAGGCUCGUUUCACCGACAGUGGCUCGGUCAAUUGGCCGUGGUUGUGGCUGUCACUGCGAUGCUAUUCACAACCUUCAUGCCACCCGUCAAGGCCAAUCUCGCCUCAACACGUACCAUUUCACCGAAUGGCCAGAUUGACUUGGAGGAGGCGUCUUUGGCUUGCCAGCAGGUUCUACUGCGUCUCCUCGAACAGGUGGGAGUUGUCGCGCCCUCCGUCGGCCAUACAGACCUGCUCGAACGUCUGGCUCCCGAACAGUCUUCCGUCUGCCCUGGCUCCGUCUAA